AUGCCCACCUCGCCCAGUCGAGAGGUAGCAGUGGAUGCGACGAAAGUCGAGUUGGUCAGCAAACCUUUGCUCGCUAGCGCUGCGCUGAACAAGUUCUCAGGCUAUCACUUCAACCCUUCAUCCAGUGGUGUUGAUUCCAACCUUCUGAUUCUGCUUCACGGAUUAGGGGACAACGAUUCAGGCUUUUUCAAUUUAGGUCAGAACCUGCAGAAGACCUUACCUCAGACUGCAAUACUAACCUUACAAGCGCCGCUGAAAGUCCCCUUUUUGGAGGGCGAUCAUUGGAUGUGGUAUCCUGCAUUCGAUCAGUUCGCCGAACUGUUGACCAAGCCGAACCCGACAGUAACAGUGGCUAGUGUAGUGGCUCUGCUCGACCAUCUGGUCGGGAAAUGUGGAUGGAGUGCUGGUUCAAUCCACAUUUUUGGAUUCGGACAAGGUGCAACGCUAGCACUUGAAGUUCUAAUCUCUUGGUCAAAAUCUCACUCUCAACCGUUGGGGAGCAUAGUUUCAAUUCACGGCUCGUUCAUUUCCCACCCCACGAUCUCUUCAUCAUCAACACCAGUGCUACAUAUCUACAGAUCCGCUCGGGAGAUUCCCCUCGACUCGACGAGAUGGUCGUCCCACAGAAAAUCGACUUCGGCACUAACACUGCAUCGACUGCGAGGAAACGAGGAGGACGAAUCCAUGCUGAAAGGUUCCGAGUGGGAUAGUGUCAUGUCCUUUUGGAGCAAGUUCUUCAGGAAUAGGAUCAAGUGGGAGCUAGAAGGGAAGGUGGUGCCGAUCGGUUAA